AUGUUGCUAUCGAUUUUAAUUCCGGCGAACGUUUCGGCGUGCUCGCCUUCUUCAGAACCGAUCAUGAGUCGUAAAGAAGAAUGCAGCGCUGUGACCAACGAGUUGGCGCCGGGUCAAGACGUCAAGACCGUGGCGGGUUUUCAAAAACCGGUUCAGGUACAAGAGGUCUCGUCGUUAGUUGCUAUUAGUGACGCAACUCUAACAAUCGGUGGUCCGCUAAUAUCUGGAUACUGCGAGUAUCACAGUGAACGCUAUUGUGAUCUGGUUCUCUGA